AUGAAGUCAUUCCCCAUGACUGCAAAUUAUACAGUCAAUUCAAAGCAAUAACACUCCAAGACCAAGAGUGAAUUUAUAUUGCCGCAGACUUAUUCACUGGGCUCAAAUCCACUUACUCCCAUCCGUUUGAGCAAAUACCCUGACAAGUUUGAAAAGUCCACUAAGUUCGAUUUGAAACUGAUUCAGAAGUACAUUGAAAAGGAUAUCGAGAGAAAACUAUCGACCAAGCAAAAGCAGUUGCUCAAGCAAAACAAGGAGUUCCUGUAAACAAUCAACUUUGGAAAGAAAGUACAAGGUGCUGGAGAACUCAGACUAGUUGGUGGACAGUCUAGUAAUGUGUCCAGUUUCAACCCUGGAUCUGCACUUCCUAAACUGAGUCGAAGAACGUAAUCCAUUAAUGUAUUUCCUAGCUUGAUGACUCCCUAGGCCAAUGCUGACAGGAAAAAAGUAGAAAUUUAGCUUGACACUCCUAAGUAUUUUGAUAGUAGAGCCAAUAGUAAAAUCAGAGUAGAAGACUCCCCUAAAAAUAUCAAAACUGAUACAUCCAAUUUCAAUUUUGAGCCCACUUAGACUAUUCUUUCCAAUUAUCCUCAAAAUAAUAAUGCAUAACCACCCUUGCAACCUCAAAAUACGCUAAGUGCUUUUCAUAAGUCAGCUUCUUCAAAAUAACUUGAUAAAUAGCUAACCUAAAAUCAAAUACAAGAAUUUGUGAGUCAGCAGCUUUACAAAAAAGAUAUGAACUUAGGCUAAAAGAAUUAUGUACUUCAACGGAUUCAGAAUUUCGUCGAGGGAGAGAGCACCAAAUAGAUACAGUUAAAGAAUCAGAGUAGAGUCCAAACCAUGGAAGAGCAGACUCGUAAAGAGAUUUUGUCUAAAAGGUUCAGCUAAAAAAUAGAUGAUGACGAUGAAGAACUGAUUAGAGUCAUCAAGAAGCAUAUGCCUCCAGGACACAAUGAAAAAUAGAGAGAUAAAUAUCUACUUACUCAAAAAGAAUUUGACUUUCACAAGUAUUAGGUAGUUUCACCCUUCCACAAGCCUAAGACUCUCAGAGCACGUAGAAAUCUCUCAAGAUAAAUCUAGACCUUAGAAUCAGACAAUCUUAGUAGAGGCACUUCCCCUAGUAAGAAAAGCAUUAUUCCUGAGACUCGUAACAAGGUAGAUUAGAUUCUUAAGGAUUGCAACAAGAUUCAUAACUAGCUAGCUGACUUUUGUAAGUUUAAGGGCAGAAAGAUGCAAAAGCAAAUGAAGAACUUUGAGUAGAGCAACAAGAUGAUCCUCAAUCAAAUUAACACUACCAAAGACAUGAUGUUUCUAGAGAUGUGCAAGUUCUAGAGACAACAAAAGGAGUAUGUUGAUCCAAUAGAGGAGAACCAAAAGAAAGAAUGGCGGAAAAUGAUUGGAGAUAUUGAUAAGCAGGUAUAGCAAAAGGAAGAGCAUAAAUAUGAGUUCAAAGAUGAUUGGAAGUAUUACAGUCUGCUGCUAAUGGGUAAGAAGCAAAGCACUAUUGAUUUCGAAAAAGAGCUAUUUGCUGAUGAUGUAUUAGAAUAAUUUGAAUCAUUUUAGAAAGACUGA